AUGAAUGACUUUACGGCACGCUUGGAGUUACUUAGUGUAACAGGCCUUGUAGAGGGGAACCAGCAAACGCAGCUGCCUCUUCAUGUAAACGUGCGCCUUGGGGACGGCGCACUCUUUAGAUGCCCGUCUGCCAUGCUUCGUGAGGGAUCUGUGACCCUAUCGGAGCUGUUGGAGGGCGUGAAGGAAGAAGAAAUGGCCUCACGACAGGUGGAGUUGCCAUUGCCGUCAGUGGACUCUGCUGUAUUUGAAACAGUUGCAUUGUAUUUGGAACAUUUCUACGAACCAACGAAUUCAACUUCAUCGGAGGGGAGUAAUGCUGGUGUGAACAAUAUUCAGGUAGUUGCUCCGAACACGCUUUCAAGACCUCUCCAUGUGCAGGAGCUUUAUCGCCUCAGCGAGUGGGAGCAUUGCUUUGUUGUUCAGCGACUGCUUAUGUGGCCACAGAAUCUAUGGGAACUCAGCAAGGAAGGACAAUGGGUGGACAUGGCUGCUGCGGCAGUGGGAUCCUCGCAGUCGGUGGGCCAAUGCGAUGUCCAACACCUUUUGAGAGUUUUGGAGGCGGCGACAAUGCUGGAAAUACCAUUGUUGCGCGAUUUGUGUGCGGCAGUGCUGGCCAACUUACUGAUGGACGUGGAUGAAAAGGGCAUUAUGGAGUUGAUGGGAGUCACGGAAACGUUGGGCCCAGAUGAAGAGAGAACCUUGUUGAACGAGUAUCCGUGGCUCAAGCUGUAG